UCCCCACCUCGCGUCAAACGUUGCCGGUACGGCAAGCGCGCGGUAUACACCUACGAUCCACCUUUUAUCGCCACCGUUUCCUCUGCCUAGGCCCGCGAGUUCAGCAGAGCUUACGACAGAUAGGAGGGAGAGACAUACCUGUUGUUCAGCCAACGGUGUAACGAGAACGUGGCGGAGGGACCUGGCGAACACGCAUCAUCGUGUCUACACAGCUGCCACGAGCUGCUUAACUCGCAGCUGCUUUAUUAGUUCUCCUCACCGCGCGGGUUUCAAGAGAACUGUCUAUCGCGCGGUUGAACCGCUUGGAUUCUUUCGUCGGAUCGUUUUAAACGUCGGAUCAUGAGGAUCGUAAGUAAUAAUUGGUAUCUGUGUGAACAGGUGUGACGAUACGGGGGGAGGGGAGAGAAAUACACACGAGCGUUUUACACUUUCUUGUACGAACUGUUGGAGCCACGAGUGAAAGUAAGAGAAAAAUGUUACGUAUUUUUUUCAUUUCUGGACGACACGAUUCGAUCUCGGAAAAGAAAAGAAGAUUCGAGAAAGUCGGAGCGAAAGAGGAAAUAUCGUCGUCAAGAAUUGUAUCGUUGCAUACAAUUUUUUCCUUCAUCAAAGAGACAGUUCUGAUUCUACUGGUUUUCACAGUUCUGGCAGCGGUUUCGUCCCAGGACUACAGUCAACUGUUCGCAGGAUUCGGACCUUAUAUUAGGCAAGCGGUAGCAAUGCGAGAUCCACGAUCGAAUAGAGGUCCGGUACUGUUUCCUCCUGGUCCUCCGCCAAAUAACGAGGACAGCAGUGGAGUGAUAGUAGGCGCGAGCGGAUACGGAUUCGUGCCGCCCAACCAAGCUUUCUAUAGGUUCUUUUACUAUUAACCGUGAACGAAGGAUUAGCGGGAUAUUGAGAAGGUUGCGAGUGCCGCGUCAUCGAUGGGGAAGCUGUACCACGGUAGAGAGUCCUCAAGAAUAUGGGAAAACCGAGGAAAGGAACUAUCUAGGAACCACGAACUCCGUCCUUGUAUCUCCACAGUGCCUGGAUGUUUCAACACCACCCAGGAGCAUCUUUGUAUCUGUAUAAAGAAUCAUUAUAUCGAAUCAAUACAUUGUUAAUUGUUUUCUA